CCCGGGGGCGGCUGCGGCCGGCGCGUGUGGGAGCCUGGUCAGGCAGGUUGCGGCCCCGGUUGCAGCCCGGUCCCCGCCGCCCCCUCCCGGCCCACGCCCAGAGGCCGCCCUGGAGGCCGAUGCCAGGAGCCAGAUCUGAACGGAAUUAAGAAGAAGGCACUUCCACAGUCACAGCAGAUGAAGAUCCAUUGGUAAAUUGAUCAGCAGUUUUGGCCUGCCCUCCAAAGAAAAGGAGCGGAAAGAAUGUCGGAGCGGGCCGUGGAUGACGUCAGGGGGGAGCCGCGCCGUGUGGCGGCGGCGGGCGGAGCAGCGGCCGCCGCCGCCGCCCGGCAGCAGCAGCAGCAGCACCAGCAGCACCAGCCACCGCAGCCGCCGCCGCAGCAACCCCAGCGACAGCAGCCGACGCUGCGGCGCCCACGGCAGGAGGACAGCGGCCCCAGCGCCGCCACCUCCUCGGCCACCUCCGCAAUGGCGACCGUCGGAGAGCGCAGGCCUUUGCCCAGUCCUGAAACGAUGCUGGGUCAGUCGUGGAAUCUGUGGGUUGAGGCUUCCAAACUUCCUGGGAAGGAUGGGACGGAAUUGGACGAAAGUUUCAAGGAGUUUGGAAAAAACCGCGAAGUCAUGGGGCUCUGUCGCGAAGACAUGCCAAUAUUUGGUCUCUGUCCAGCCCAUGAUGAUUUCUACUUGGUGGUGUGUAACGAUUGUAAUCAGGUUGUCAAACCGCAGGCAUUUCAAUCACAUUAUGAAAGAAGACAUAGCUCAUCCAGCAAGCCUUCUUUGGCCGUUCCUCCCACAUCAGUAUUCUCCUUCUUCCCUUCUCUGUCCAAAAGCAAAGGCAGCAGUGCUGGUGGAAGCAGCCACUGUGCCAGCAGAAGUGUUCUCAGCACAUCCUCAUUAAGUUCCAAGCUGUUGAAAUCGCCCAAAGAGAAACUACAGCUCAGGGGGAACACCAGGCCAAUGCAUCCCAUUCAGCAGAGUAGAGUCCCCCAUGCUAGAAUCAUGACGCCCUCUGUUAAAGUGGAGAAAAUUCAUCCGAAGAUGGAUGGCACACUACUGAAAUCUGCGAUAGGGCCAACCUGUCCUGCUACUGUGAGUUCCUCAGUCAAGCCUGGCCUUAACUGCCCCUCAAUACCAAAGCCAACCUUGCCUUCACCUGGACAAAUUCUGAAUGGCAAAGGGCUUCCUAUACCGCCCACUCUGGAAAAGAAGUCUGAAGAUAAUUCUAAUAACAGGAAAUUUUUAAAUAAGAGAUUAUCAGAAAGAGAGUUUGAUCCUGACAUACACUGUGGGGUUAUCGAUCUCGACACCAAGAAGCCCUGCACCCGAUCUUUGACGUGCAAGACACAUUCCUUAACCCAGCGGAGGGCUGUCCAGGGUAGAAGAAAACGAUUUGAUGUGUUACUUGCCGAGCACAAAAACAAAACCAGGGAAAAGGAAUCGAUUCGCCAUCUGGACUCUCAGCAACCAAUGCAGCCUCUCAGGGACCCGCAUCCCGCCCCUCCUAGAACUUCACAGGAGCCACACCCAAACUCUCAAGGAGUGAUUCCUUCCGAAUCAAAGCCUUUUGUAGCUAGUAAACCUAAACCUCACACCCCUAGUCUUCCAAGGCCUCCAGGCUGCCCUGCUCAGCAAGGUGGGAGUGCCCCCAUUGACCCUUCUCCAGUCCAUGAAUCUCCACACCCUCCCCUGCCUGCCACUGAGCCAGCUUCUCGGUUAUCCAGUGAGGAGGGAGAAGGCGAUGACAAAGAAGAGUCUGUUGAAAAACUGGACUGUCAUUAUUCAGGUCAUCAUCCUCAGCCAGCAUCUUUUUGCACAUUCGGGAGCCGGCUGAUUGGAAGAGGCUAUUAUGUGUUUGACUCCAGGUGGAACAGGCUUCGCUGUGCCCUCAACCUCAUGGUGGAGAAGCAUCUGAAUGCACAGCUGUGGAAGAAAAUCCCACCAGUGCCCAGUAUCACAUCCCCUGUCUCUACACGUGUUCCUCACCGGACAAACUCAGUGCCGACGUCACAAUGUGGGGUCAGCUGCCUGGCAGCAGCCACUGUAUCUACAUCCCCAGUCCUGCUCUCAUCCACCUGCAUCUCCCCAAACAGCAAAUCGGUACCAGCUCAUGGAACCACCCUAAAUGCACAGCCUGCCACAUCUGGAGCAAUGGAUCCCGUGUGCAGUAUGCAAUCCAGACAAGUGUGCUCCUCAUCCUCGUCCCCUUCCAUGCCCUCUGGCCUUUCCUCAGUCCCCUCCUCCCCUAUGUCCAGGAAACCUCAGAAGUUGAAAUCCAGCAAGUCUUUAAGGCCCAAGGAGUCUUCUGGUAAUAGCACUAACUGUCACAACACCUGUAGCAGUACCAGUGGCACCUCAGGAAAGAAACGCAAAACCAGUUCUCCACUGUUAGUUCACUCUUCUUCCUCCUCGUCCUCCUCCUCUUCUUCUUCUCAUUCCAUGGAGUCUUUUAGGAAAAACUGUGUGGCUCACUCUGGGCCUCCCUACCCUUCCACGCUAACAUCUUCCCAUGGUAUGGGCCUCAACUGUGUGGCAAAUAAAGCGAACUCAGUGAGUGUCCGGCACGAGCAGUCAGGGAGGGCUGCCCCUGGAGGGAGCCCUGCUGAGUCCAUCAAGAGGAUGAGUGUGAUGGUGAACAGCGGCGACUCGACACUUUCCCUUGGCCCAUUCAUCCACCAGUCCAGCGAACUGCCCAUCAACUCCCAUGCCAGUUACUCACACUCACACACUCCUCUAGACAAACUCAUAGGAAAGAAAAGAAAGUGCUCACCCGGCUCAAGUGGCAUCAGCAACAACAGCAGCAAACCCACAAAAGUUGCCAAAUUGCCAGCCAUGAACAAUGUCCACGUGAAACAUAUGGGCACCAGCCCAGGGGCACAAGGACUGACGAAUAGUUCCUUCCUUCAUCAGCCAAAGACACGUCCCUGACAACUGAAUAUAGCACGGGGAGGAAUAAUCUGGACACUUUCGACGACAAGUUACACCUCCACUCAGCGCUCUGGACUCCAAGAUGCCUUUGAGUCUGUUUUCCCAACCUCCUGUGGGCCUCAAGGAUAGAGAUCUGCCGGGCUGUUGUUUUAACCAGGAUUUACCUGAAGAUUGUCUGUAGCAGUGAGUAUUCGUAAAGGACACUGGAUCAAGUUCAGCCACCGAGAGUUGCUUCUAUCAGUGUUAAAGUGGUCUGGACUGCUUGUUACCAAUCUGUGAGACAUUUUUGUUUUGUUUUUUAAAUUGCAGUGUAUCACGGAGCCACUCUUCAAGUAGAUUGGCUGGGUCGAAAGAGUGUUCUGGCAAGAACAUUACUAUAGAAUUUUCUCCCUUCCUCCUCUUUCCACCCCAGUUCUUUUUACACUGUCUUCUGCAGGUCACUGUCUGGAGUUAAGGUGUCACCCUGCUAGAUAGCUGACCUAGUUGAAGCUCCCUAAACUAGGGAGUGAAUGCAGUGAGACAUGCUGUGAAGCCUAGGAGAUAGGGCUGGGUGGUCUGUUCAUGGCCAGAGUUCCCUCUCCCCGAGCAUAGAAACUGCUUUGGGUGUGAGUUUUCACAUCUCUAUGGACUAGCCCAUUGACCUUGUUCAGUUCUAGCAGGUAGGUACCUUAACUGGAGACACCUUCCAAAGGGGAGACAGGGUUCUUACCCUGAGCAGCCCUCUAGAGAAGGGAAUCUGUCAUUAGGUUUUUAUAGCAAUGUUUCAGGAAUGGAAUAUGGGUGUUAGUGCAAGACACCCUGACAGAAUAGCCUGUAUUUUUCCCAGCAUUUUGCAAGUCAUUUGGGAUAAAAAGCUGUCAAAAGUUUUAAACUUACAGACUGGUUUAAAGCUACUGAUGCCCAGAGAGCAAAUAUACACCAUUUUAGAAGCUUACUUUUCAUGGCACAAAAGCGAUUCUGUGUGAUUUACAAAAAAGGAGAAGAAAACUAGUUUUGAUAAUGGAAAGCCAAAAUUUUGAGGAGUGGUGGAUAAAAAUCACUAUAUGGGGAAAGAUUUUUCCAAGAUUUCCAAAGAGGUGGAAUUUUCCUAUCCUUUUAAGUCUUCAUGUUAAAGAGUAUGGCAGAUUGGGUUAGUUGUCCUGCCCAAUCCCGUUUUCAAAAAAUUACUUUUGUAAAGUGAAAUUAUCAGGAUGCAGCAGAAACUGUCGUUCACAAAGUCAUUAAUAUACUUAAAUAUUUCCAAGGCACUCUCUGUACUAUAACCUCCACCUCCCCUCUGAAUACUGUCCUGGACUAAGGGUAAAUGUCUGCUUUGAGCAUUCUUUCAUGUUAUGUGUGUGCACUCCCGCUCCUGCCAUUACAGAUGUUUAUUUGGUUGCCACUGGGGUAGGGAGCAGGCACCCGAGAAGGGAGGGUAGUGAAUUUGUACAGGUACCCAUGAAGAGAUGAUGGAUGCACAUGUAGUAUUUCCCUGACAUACUCUUUUUUCUUAGGAUUCAUGCCAGCCAUCUUUCUAAGAGAGUUUUGGAGAUCCUCCAGGAUAUUUUUUUCUAGUAUUCCACCCCAAAAGAAGGAGCUUUAUAUGUUAAAACAUCAUUGCUUUAGAAAGAGUUUGGGGGUAAGUUGGAGCUUUUUAACAGGUCAUUCAACUGAUCACAGCUUCUCAAACAAGAACCAGGCACAUAUGCUUAGAAGAACACACAGAGUUGCUGAACACAGGAUAAAUUUCCCAGGGCUCUGGUGACCACCCUGGGCAGGGUCUAGGCAGGGCCAGUCAGUAUAUCCUUUCUUCCCUGCAAUUCUUGGGUUACUUCAGUUUCAGGGAAUUUCAAGUCAACAACAGGUGGAAUGAAUGAAUACUUUGUUAUCAGCCUAAUAAUGUGAAUUGCUACAGAAUUAAUCAUAUGUAAGAAAACAAAAACUUUAUGCAGAUACUUUAGGUAUAAAUUGAUGUAAAAUACUGAUUUUUUAAAAAAGAGGAGAACAGUAUCUUGUGCACUUAUUAUGCAAUCAAUCAGUAAAUGUUUUUAAAAUGAUACUGUAGGAGUGCUCAGUAAGGAAAGAAGCCUAGGUGGGCUGGUUUGGUGUAGUUUGGAGAAAUCAGUCUGGUUGUUCCAUCCCAAUGGAUGAAGAGGAGGAGGUAAGAGGGAAUCAGAACGUAUUCAGUUGAUUCCUUGGUGACAAGUGCAAUGGGGUAUGGGUAGAAUUUAUUUUCAGAGCUAAGGGGAAUUGAUGGUUAUAAAUGAAGUUGCUUUUAGCGAUGGAAUUUAUAGACAGAUCAUGUUGCUCCGAAAGAUGUGAAUAGGAUCCACAAUAGCAAGUUGGUUUAGAAUAAUGUAGCUGUAUCAAGAUUAGAGGUGUUGAUUAUUUAAUUUCGUAGACUGAGGUUUUAAUUGGAUUUUAUUAUGUCUCCCGGUAGUACAAAAAGCAUCGGGAUUAGGAAAUUAGCCAUUUUGGAUUCUGCCUGCCACAAACAGACAUUCUAAACAGUGCUAUUAAAUUUUAGACUGUUUAAAUAUUUUAUUUUCUCCUACAACUACUUUUUAUUAUGAUGGACAAUUAAGACCAUUUAAAACAUGGGAAUACAAGUAUUUUUUUUAAUUAAAUUAACUUGCAAAAACCAAAUUUGCAGUGGUUAGGUUGUUUCUAGACAGACUUUGGUAUCAAUUUAAAACCAAGAUAAUUUUUAUAUUCUUUCCAAUAGAAUUUCAUGACAACUCCUGCAGUUUUCUUAACCUUAAAAACAAAGUGCUGCAAUGAUGAACAAAGAAUUAUAGAAAACCUACUUUUGUACCUUUAUUUUGGAAUUUCUUGUUCUAUUAUAAAUAUGGAAGUAUCCCUAUCUCAGAAGACAUAUUUUGUUAAAAAUGAAUUGUACAUAUUUAAAUAUGUAUUUUUGCACAGGUCUUUUUUUCUGAUAUCCUGUUUUGGUACAAUUGAGAUCAUCUAGUAUUUAUUUAUUAAUUAAUGAAAGUAAAUACCUUUUUAUAAUUUGAAGUGGUUCACUGCCAAGCCAAUAGUUCUAGAACCUGCCUCCUUUACAGUUUAAGGGAUGCCUCUGUUCUGUGAAAGUCUUUUUUGUCCCUUUAGCGUCUCGGGAGUGGAUUCAUGCAGAUGAAGUGGGCAUUGCUUCUCCCUAGUUGCCUGGUUUCUUGAUAGACAGCAUGUAACUAAGUGACACACUGCUUUUCUUUUGUUUUAUGUGAGAGAGUGUAUGUGUGUGCGCCUAUGUGUUUGUAUGUGUACCCUCUGAGCACAUGUGUGUUGGUAUGUGAUGUGGUUUAAAACUAAUGGAAAAAAACUGAAAGUGCCUAAACCUAAUUUUAAGCAUAGACAGAUUCUCUUAAAAAAGACUUGAAUGUUCAGUUGAACUUUUGGAGUUUGUUUUUUCCACCUAAAUACUGUUUCUAAAAAUUUAGGGAAGGAGUUGAAAACCACCAAUGCUAAUAAUUUUAUAAGUUGUUUUAAAAUUAAGGCUUUUUGGUUCAUAGUAAUUCAGAUGGUGGUGGAUUGCCCAGUGGCACCAAGGGUUACAAAUCUUUUUGUCAUCCAGCAGCUUACAUGAUGUUUUCCGUUUUGUUAUCCUCUCAUAAAAUAUUCAAUUUAAAAUCAAAUAUUUAAAGUUUUUGUAUUCCAAAAAUAUAAUACAAAGUACCUCUGAGAACAUUGAAAAAAAUGUAUAAUUUGAAAAUGUAAUUUAUAAAGGCAGCUGUCUUCCUGCAAGAGUUCUGUUGCCAAGGAAUUUCUUAAUAUCUCUCAUUCUGUCCUGGGGAAAAUGUUGAACUUUGGAAAAUGAUUAUUAAAAGUUUCAUUGUUUAGAAGAAAAUAAUGAUUUUUACAUGUUGUGUGAAACAUUUUACAUUUUCAGAUGAUUUAAAUGAGCACUACAUACUGUCAGUGUGAAUGUAGGGGCUUGAAAGCAUUUUGCUGUUUUUUUGUUUUGUUCGUUUUUUGAGCUUGGUUAUAAAAGCAAUCUCCUGUGUUAAAGUGUGUGAAUAGUUUGAUAAUUUGUACACAUAAUCAAGAGCAUCUCAGCUGGACUUUGUGUUGGCUGCUGUAUAGAACAUGAACAAAUGUCAAGGGAUAGAAAAUUACUUUGGAUAUUUAAAAGAGAAGAAAUAUAUAGUCUAUUUGUUUUGUAACAAGUUUCUGUAAAUAAAAUAAUUUAUACUAUUUAUAAGAAAAAGUUGUGCUUUGCUUUAUGAGAAAUUAGUCUGUGGAAGAAACAUGUUACUAAACGGGCAAUAAAAUUAGGACUUCUCAAUAAA